GUUUUUGUUUGGUUGCAUGUAAUUGAUAGUCCAUUCCGUUUCGGUUUGUUUUCUUCACGUAAUUACUUUAGCAAAUUCAGGGAAAUUCUUUAAGGCAUCAUAUAUGCCCUGAUAAAAGAUUUCAUCUGUGUUUUUAUAUUAUUUAUAAUAUUUAAAAUAAAAAUGUUAGUGUGCAGACUAUGCCUUACAAAGGCUAAUGAUUUUAAACAUCUGUGUGAUGAGAAAGGGCAGGAUAGCGAAAUAUACCAUAUUACAGUCAAAUAUUUUGAUCCCAUGUGGUUUAGUUUUAAAGAUAAUGUAGAAUCAAAAGUUAUAUGCAAUAAGUGCUGGCAGCAUAUAAAUGAAUUUCAUUGCUUUCAAGAGAACGUGAUGAAGGCACAAAGGCAAUUGGAAGAGAAUUCAAAAAACUUAAGGCUAUUAAUAGAGAUGAAUAAUGGAAAUGAUUUAGAAUCAGUUAAAGGAGUACACGGCGACAAUCAAAUUGAAUGUUUGAAUUAUUCGAAGGCUUACAAAUCUGAAAGUUAUCAGACAUCUGAGGAUGACGGACAAAGUAAUUCGGAAUUACAAAAAAUCAUUAAAUUACCUAGAAGAAGUAAACGUUUAAAAAAUGCCACGGAUGAAGGGCCAAACGUUAAACAAAAAUAUAACACUGCAAAAAGUAGCUGCUCUUCAGGUGAAAAAAUUUGCAAAAAUCUCCAAACAAAUCAAAGGAGGAAAAAACCAAUUAAUUUAAAUAAUGAUGUUUGCAAUAAUAAUUUUCUUAGUUCCAGGGAGAAAAAGAACAUCAACAAGUCUUCAAAUAAAUGUCAAGAAAAUCAUUUGAAGAAAACGUUAGAGUACGAUGCUUUUAUUUCCGAAUGGAAACGUGAUUUGGAUUGUGUAAUUUGUAAUACCUCACUUCCUAAUUUCACUAUUUUGCGUACACAUUUCCGUCAGGAGCAUCCCGAUCAAAAAUGUUAUGUUGUCUGUUGCAAACAUAAACUAUACGAUCGUUUCCAGUUAGUGGAACAUAUUCGUUUACAUAUUGAUCCCAAUACGUUUAAAUGCGAAGUAUGCGGAAAAUGUGCUACAAACAGUCGAAAUUUGAAAAAACAUAUGCGCGAAAUGCACUCAGAUGACAAAAAUGAAAGACAGUUUGAAUGCAAUGUGUGUAGUAAACGUUUUGCCAGGAAAGCUAUACUAAAAGCGCAUAUGGAUAUCCAUGCUACUGGUAAUAAAGAUCAUUUAUGUAAGGUAUGCGGUAAAGGAUUUGUGUUGUUGUCACGACUCAGAAUUCAUGAACGGUCCGUGCAUGAUGCCAUUCGCGUAUGCGACCAAUGUGGUAAAAAAAUAGCAGGAAAGUAUGCUUUAAAACAACAUCUGCUCGAACAUUCCGGUAUUAUUAAACCAACAUGGUCAUGCGAUCAAUGCGAUGCCAAACUAAAUUCUCAUUAUAGCCUGAAGCGCCAUAAAGAAAUUAAGCAUAACGAUGGUUCGACCUUAUACAUCUGCAGUGAAUGUGGUAAAUGUUCAACAUCAGUGCAUGCAUUGCGCAAUCAUAAAAAAAACGUUCACCAAACAAUACGAAAAUAUAAAUGUAAUAUUUGUGAUAAAGCAUUUAAAAUAGCUCUUACAUUGAGAGAGCAUAUGGCAUCUCACACAGGUGAAGAACUGUAUAAAUGCCCACAUUGUCCGAAAACAUUUAAAGUUAGUUCCAAUAUGCAUCAUCAUCGUAAAAAAUUUCAUCCUUUGGAAUGGGCUCAGGGUAGAAAACAGCGAAAUCAAAGAAGCGAUGUUGACAGCAGCUUAAUUUCUAACGAAGUUGUCUUGUAAUAUUAUGUGCGUCGUAUACGCUAUGGACAUCAAAACAAAUCAUUAAAGUAUUGGAUCUUGCAUAAAAAUUCCUUUGAAAAUAGCUUAGGAAAACUUUGCUAUUGGCUUUAUUAACCAUUGAAAUAUGACGCUUUCUAACUAUUUUUCGAUCGAUUUUUAUUGCGAGAAGAUACACUUGAAAGGAGUUCAAAAAAGGAUUAUAAAGAAUAUUUCUGAAUUGUUUUUCUACGGAUAGACAACUUAAUAUGAGGCGAAGACAGACAAUGUUAAUAAUGUGAAUUAGGUAAUUGCAGUUUAUUAGCCUUAUUUCGAAAACGGCUGAGAAGUCAUUUACUACGCCUUCUGUAGCUAACUAACUAUAAGCAGCCAUAGCGUUUUCGCUUCCCAGACGGACGCGGUGUCGCCUCUAUACUUAUUGUUAGUAUCUGGGUAAGAGGAUUCAAUUUAUUAAUUCCUUUAAACUGAUCGCCAAUAUAUAUCUGCUACAUUUUCAAAAUUUAUUUGCUCACUUGCCAUUUAGUUUUCACCCUUGCAAAAGUUCACCGUCUUUUUACCAAAUUGCUUCAUUUUUUAAGAAAUCGAGUAAGAACAUUUGCCAAGCUUCAAAAUUUUAUCUCAGUUCUCACGACUGUGUAAGAUUUAUUAAUAGAUUAACAUGGAAAUAUGUGUUACUUCUACGUACUAAAAAGGGACUCAAAACUUAUGUACGCUCGUGUUUUAUUGAUGGGUGUAAAGACCAUAAUCGUUAAGAAUAGAUUAAGUAUUUAUUUAUUAGCAAAACAUACUAUCAGCAUAUAAAUCCAUCUAUAUAUAAUCAUAAGAAUACUUAUGUAUAUAAAAAAAAAAAAAAAUUAAAUUUAAUAAAUUCUUUUACAAAA